AACUGUUCGGGAAACUUCAAUCUGAAAUCCAAACCAUCAUCAUUCACUCUUGUCGUCCCAGUAUCGCUCUGAACCGGAAAAUCAUCCUCGGAAGCAAAACUUCACUACUCAAUCGACCCAAAUACUCUUCAGCAUAAUAAGGUCAAGAGACCUUCCACGAUGUGCUUGUAUGAAAGAAUUCAUUUUCCUCUAUGUCGCCACACCGAAACGCGCUUGGUUCAGUACUGCCACUUUGCCCGAAAUGAUCCAGGUCAUCAGUGCUUUGGUGCUUGGAGAUAUUUGAAAGACUAUGAACAGACGGAGAGCGCGUGCGAUGAGUGCACCAAGCGGGCUCCUGGAUUCACCCCGGCACAUAGAAUGUACGGUAUACCGAGAGGAAGAUGAGAUUUGCGAAUCUGGAGAUCGGCAUUUGUUUCCCCCUACUCUUGAGUAAGGCGGCUUGUGGCGCAU